AUGGCCAGCUCAACUGUGCAGCAACCUGCAACAGUAAAGCCAAAUCUGAAUGAGUUCCUGCAACCCCUCCAGGUUGGAAUCGAAACCUUGUCUGACUUGUCCUGUCGACUAUCAACAUCUUACACGAAACUGGCCUUGGAAUCUACUGAACACUUCAUUCCAACGCCCAUCACCCGCCUCCCCACAGGUCAUGAAACUGGACGCUACCUCGGUGUCUAUGUUGGUCUAUCUUAUCUACGAGUAGCCUUUAUUGAUCUCUUGGGAGAUAAACAAGUCGAAGGGCAUGCUCGCGUUCGACGAACGCUAGAGAAGGCCUGGCCUAUCGAAGACCAUCUACGAAAAGACCAUUCCUUGGACUUGUUCACCUGGAUCGGUGACUGUAUUGCCGAGGUUGUGGCCGAUCGACUUGCCAAUCCAAAUGAAGAAAGUCUUGACCAAAUAACGACGGGUAUUUCCCUCUGUCUACCUAUAAAACAAAACACUCUCGAUGAAGCUAUCUUGAUGCCAACUGGCAAAGGCUUUUCUCUAAGCUCAGACCUCAACCUCCGCCAAGCAUUGCUGAAUGGAUACGAGCGCCACACGUAUACCUCUCACGGCGAUGUUGAGCCCAUGCCUGCGAAACGACGCAGGUUGUUUUCUCUGCCUAAAUUAAAAAUCGCUGUCAUGAUCAAUGACACGACCGCGACUCUUGCGUCAUUGGCAUAUUCAAUCCCUUCGUUGCCCAAUACCCGUGUUGUCAUGGGGCUUAUUGUAGGCGCUGGAUGCAACGCUACUGCUCCAAUGAAGAUUUCUGAUCUUCAUGAAUCAAAAACACAAAAUAUUCGAGAGAAAUACCCCGACGCCAAAGAGACGCUCAUCUCUACCGAGUGGACUCUUUCCACGGCAGCAGCUCCCUUCGAUGAGCUGCGGAUUCGAAAUAAAUGGGACCAUGAACUGGACCAGCAUUCCAAACGACCGGGUUUCCAGCCACUAGAAUAUAUGGUCGGAGGUGGGUAUACUGGCGAGUUGGUUCGGAUAAUCUGCUAUGACUAUUUCCACAGAGUCCUGGGAAUACAGCGCUCUAUGUUACCAGUGACGUUGAUUGAGCCAUAUUCCAUUUCAACGGAAUUUCUCUCACUGGUUGUUGCCUCUUCCUUGCCCGACGAAUCAUUGGCAGACAAGCUUUCUCAAAAACUCCAGCCACCACCUGAAAGCGAUUGGAGUUGGACACCUGAAUAUGCUCGCGAUAUCCGCGCCAUCGCAUUGGCUGUGCACGACCGAGCUGCUUCAUUGGUUGCAGCCGCUGUUGUUGGUCUUCUAGAUUGUAUCAAAGAAGUCAAGCUGUGCAAGGAUGUAUCCAAAGAUGCAAGCGGGGUACAAAAGAAAAUGGAAACUAAAGACGCUGAACAGACAGGCUCAGGCUCUCCCGGUUGGAACAGCGGCCCGGAAGAACUCGCCGUGGCCUUUUCCGGUGGAGUGAUUCAACAUUAUCCCCAUUACAAGGAAAACGUGCAAAGAUAUAUCGAUCGUCUCAUACUUCGCGCUGGUCCACAAGCAGGAGGCAAGAGUGUCUUCUUACGUGAGGCUAGUGAUGGUGGAAUCAUUGGGACUGGCAUCUUUUUCCGCUGCUCUUCAACCUACCAGUCAAGGAAAACCACCAUGAAAUUCUUCUAUGUAGCGGUCACAUUCACCGCAGACCAAUUCCAAGGCAUCUACCGAGGAAAACAAUACCAUGAAGCCGACUUCGGCGAAGUCCUCAAACGAGCCAAAGAAUACAACUGCGAAAAAUUAAUGCUCACAACCAUGACUCUCCAAGGAGCGAAACAAAAUCUACAAGCAGUGAGGGCGUUCCCCACAAUGUGUAAAAUGACACUUGGCGUGCAUCCCUACCAUGCCGCCGAGAUCUACGAACAGCCCGAGUCGCAGUAUCUCAAUGAGCUAAAGCAGUUGGGCGAAUCACUCCUCGCUGAGUCUCCUUCGCCUUUGGCUGCAUUUGGUGAAAUUGGGUUGGAUUAUGAGUACCUCAACCGCGCCGAUAAAGAGACGCAGCAGCGUGCUUUCCGGGAACAGUUGGAGUUGGCGAUUCAUUUUCAAUUACCGCUUUUCUUGCAUGUCCGUGAGUCUGCCGAUGAUUUUAUCACUAUUAUUCGGCCUUAUCUCGGGAGGUUGCCCAAGGGUGGACUUGUGCAUUCCUUUGCUGGGACGAAGGAGGAGAUGCUGCAGCUUGUGGAGCUUGGGUUGGAAAUCAGUGUCAAUGGUGUUUCGUUCCGGACCGAUGAACAAUUGGAUAUGGUUAAACAUAUUCCAUUGGAUAGGUUACAGCUUGAGACUGAUGCGCCGUGGUGUGAGGUCUUGGGUAAUGAUCCGAAAAUUGCGGGUUACUUGGAAUCUGCGAGGCCUUUGCCUGCGAGUCGGAAGCACAACAAGUUUAUUCUGGGGCAGAUGGUCAAGACUCGCAAUGAGAGUUGUACUAUGGAGCGUGUUGGAUUAGUCGUGGCUGGAUUGAAAGGUAUUGCUAUAGAAGAAGUGGUUGACGCGGCGUGGGACAACAGCUGUCGUAUGUUCUGGGUGUAA